AUGUCGACCAAAGCUGGUGUCAUGGAAACCACUACGACCACGCCGGCCAAGCGUAGCUUCGGCGCGCGCAUCGGCGCUCACUUCAAAAAGUGGUGGUGGCUGCAUCUCAUCGUGCUGGUGAUCAUCAUUCUGGUCGUGGUCUUGCCAGUCAUCUAUGUUGCAUACCCCAAGAUCGCCCAGCGCGAUGUCAAUGACUCCACUUUGAACAUUACGAGCAUGAGCAUCACAGAUCCCAAGCCAGAAUCCUUUGUUCUCAACCAGACCCAGGUCAUUGGGUCACACAGCUCUUACCAUCCCCAAAUCUACGCCUUCGAGGCUGCCGUCUCCCUGGCUGGGGCUGCGAGUGCGUUUACCACUGUUAAAGUCCCCGCAGUGAAGUCCAAAGAUGGUGCGCAGGUCGAUGUCUCGCAGACGGUGGACCUGUCCAAUGCAACGGCCUUUGGCGACUUUGCUACCGCAGUGAUGCUGAACGAGGAAGUCUCGCUGAAUAUCUACGGCAAGCCCGAGCUGAAGGAGGGCGGGCUACCAAAGACCACGGUGACUUAUAACAAGACCGUGACGAUGAAGGGCCUGAACAAGCUGAAGGGCUUCGACGUAACCGAGUUCCACAUCAUGCUCUCAACCAAGAACGGCCGUAACAUGAACGGCACCGUGUUCAUCCCCAAUCCCUCUGUCAUGACCCUCGAGAUGGGUAACCUCACCCUCGGCCUCUCUGUCGCCGGCCAAACCCUGGGAUAUUCCUAUCUUGACGACCUGAUUCUCAAACCUGGAAACAAUACCGUCCCCAUGACUGCGAAUGUCAACGAGAGCGCCAUCAUCAGCUUCAUGCUCUCCGAUAGCAAUCCCUACACAGAUGGCGUUGUGCCCUUCCAGAUCACCGGCAACUCGAGCGUCUACAACGGCCAGGAGCUGCCGUAUUUCACCGAGGCCCUGAGCUCGAACAACCUCACCGUCAACCUUAACGUCACCAAGGCCCUAGCAGAGAUCAACAUUAGUCUCUGA